AUUGCCCAUGAACAAGGUACCGAAUAUGACCGAACAUAUAACUGUCAAGUGUCGGGCAGUAGAUAGGAAGCGGACAGGGUCGAUUGCAACACGUCAUUUUCGAGUUAUUAAUCUGAUUCGACGUAAAAGGAAGCGGAUAGGACGCAUCGCUCGGGCGUGAGGAUUUAUGGCGCGUCGGCGCAUUUCCGAGAGUUUUGACGAGCCGGCAUGGGAUGGGAACGGAUGAGAGACGUGCUGGAUCAACAGAAGUUUUAUACAUGAAUUGUUAUUACACUUUCACAUAGCAACGACACGCUCGCGACUCCUUGAGGUGUGUGCGUCGAACGUAUGUCUCGUCGAUAUAGAGUGGCGUUUUCAUUUAACUCCAAGAGCGUACGAUUGUCAUCAUGACGCCGCGGCUGGCGCGGGAGAAACAUGUCAAGUAUUUCCAGAGGUUACUACAAAUCAUGCCUAGCAGUCUGGCGGAGUUCGAUUCCACCAGGCCGAUGAUAGCGUAUUUCGCCCUAUCCGGUCUCGACCUGUUGAAUUCCCUGGACGAAAUCGGCGAGCAAGCCAAGACCGAGGCGAUCGACUGGAUCUACCGGCUCCAGGUCGAACAAGCUGGCCCGCGUUCCGGCUUCCAAGCGUCUACAACAAUACCAAAGGAAGUACCCGAGUACCAAUGUGGUCAUUUAGCGAUGACUUAUACCAGCCUGAUCACCCUUUUGAUCCUCGGUGAUGAUCUGAGUCGAGUGAAUAGACAAUCCAUCGUCGAGGGAGUACGAGCUUGUCAGAAUCCAGAUGGAUCUUUCACGGCUAUGGUUAUUGGAUGCGAAAGCGACAUGAGAUUUCUCUAUUGCGCCUCAUGUGUAUCAUCAAUUUUAGAUGACUGGUCAGGUGUAGAUAUUCCAAGGGCUGUAGACUAUAUUUUACGAAGCAUUUCAUAUGAUGGCGGUAUUGGGCAAGGACCAGGUCUCGAAUCUCAUGGAGGCUCCACGUUUUGUGCCGUAGCGAGUUUGUUUUUAAUGAGAGACCACAUUAAUUUAUCGAACAUAUUGACGUGGGAUCGUUUAGCUCGGCUGAAGCGCUGGUGCCUUAUGAGACAAGACGGUGGAUUUAAUGGAAGACCUGGAAAACCAUCCGAUACGUGUUAUAGUUUCUGGGUGGGUGCUACGCUCGAGCUGUUGGAGUUCCUCAAUUUCUCAGAUGCUGAACAGAAUAAAACGUUUAUCCUUAAUACUCAAGAUACACUUGUCGGAGGUUUGGCGAAAUUUGACAACACUCGGCCUGAUCCUUUACACACAUAUUUAGGUCUGUGUGGUUUAAGUCUUUUGAGACAGCCUGGUCUGUGUUCGAUAAACCCCGAACUUAAUAUUUCUCAACGAGCUUACGAGCAUCUACAACGGAUUCAUAAAAAGUGGCGAGGCGAAUGAUUUCAGUGUAUAAAUAUUCGUGGGACUAGUGAUCAUAUCAAAAAAGCGCACAGUAUUUAAUAUAUCAGAUCAGAUACUUUUACAUUUGAUCAUUUUUCAUCACAUUCUCUGUGCUAAAGUCAUUCUAAAGAUGUCAAUUAAUACUGCUACAAUAAUUCACGACAACGGUAAUAUUUCGUUUUACAUUAUUUGGAGCUGCUUGUUGAAUGCUUGUUAUGAAUAUAUGUAAAGUAUAU